AUGUCGGAACAGCAGAAGCUGCACUUCCAAGCCCUGCUCAUCGCAAACGAGCAGAGGAAUGUGUACGGUCUUCGGUACAACGACUAUGAACGCUACAGGAAGCAUUGCUACAACCGUACGCAUCGUUUGCGUUCGUCCCUCAAGAUGACUUAUGGAAAGGGCCGCGAAUUCAAGAAGCUGCCUCCGAUGAACCUGGACACGAUCAAGGAGGGACACCUCCAACUCCUCCUUUUUGAAGCGGAACGCGCCUGGGCGCACUCGCAAGAGAUGCACCUGGAGUCUCUGCAGCUCGCGAACACCGCCAAGACCUCGUCUGGCGCCGCCGCAGAGACCGCGGAGAAGCAGUCGUCCGCGAACCGCAAGCACGCAACCCGCCGCAUGCGCCGCGCGAUCCACUGGGCGACACAACUACUCUCCCACUGUCAAACGCUCUAUGCCCAGGGUCGCCUCUCUGCCGAGGACCUCAUCCAAGUGACGACCUACACGCUCAUCCUCAACGGCCGCUUCCUCCGCCAGCGCUUCGACUUUGAUGACGCGCUCGUGCAGCUGAGCGUCGCGCGCAACCUCCUCGACGCGCUCGCGGCGACCGCAGCGACCAGUCGGGCGCAAGCACUUGCGGUGGCGUACGCGGACGAGAUCGGGCCCGAAGUCCGCCAUUGUGCGCACGAGCUCCGGAGGGACAAGGUCUACGAUGUCGACGCUAUCGUCGCGGAUGUCGCCCCGAAGCACCGCAACGCGCUCGUGCAAGACUGCGACGCCGUCCUGACCAAACUGAAGGAGGAGAGCGGGGCUGCUGGGCAGGACAGAGGCAAGCUGAAGGACCUGAUCUGGGAGGACGAACCGGUGCCGAUCCGCAACCCCGAGCUGGUGGAUGUGCUCCUGAAGGUCCAGGAGGCGCAGGAGAGGUUGGCGGAGGGCAAGCCGGAUGGUGAGCACGGCAAGGGCAAGGGCGUGGGAUCAAAACGUGGAGUCGCUGCCUACGAUGCUAUUCUGCUGGCUCUCAGCGAAGCAGAAGAGGUCUCCCGUAAGCUCUCAGAGGUUCAGAAGUCAAGCGGCACAACACCUGCGGCCGGCACGCGAGACAUCCACUUUGUCCACGCAUAUAUCACCUACCAACUGCUCGCCCGCCGUGUACAACGCGACCUGCUGCUCACCACGGCUCUAUUGAACCAGCUCAACACGAUGCAGAAGGCCUCGGCCGGCAGCUCUUCGCGGAAGGUCCAGGUCGACUCACGGCUAUUCCCCGCCAUUGUCAAGCUGCUCGACACCGCCCUCCAGUCCCUCGAACAGAUGCGCACCCUCUCCAUCGUCGACGACAGUCCGGACCUCGCGACCGCCGUCGACGCGCGCCUCGCGUUCACGAAGGCCCGGCGAUGCCAUUAUCUCGCUUGGUGCUAUGCCCCUUCGAAGAAGUACGCCGAGGCACUGGCGCUCGCUCAACACGCGGCGAUCCAUCUGCGUGAGGCGCGCGGGCUCUUUGUUCCGAUGGCGGACGCGGACGCGAUCAACCUCGGCAUGCCCGCGUUCUAUCCGCUGGCGGAAGCGGACAUUGCGCGCUUCGAGGCCGAGAGCACGCAGGACGCUACGGGGCUCAAGAACGACUGGUUCGCGCUCGAUGGGAGUGCGGGGUACAAGAAGCCGUUGUUCUUCGACAUCGCGCUGAACUACAUCAGCCUCGACAUGGACCGUCUCCAGGGGCGCGCUGGCAAGGCACCUGCGCCCGUGGCCGUUGCCGCCGCUCCGAAGGGGGAAGAGAAGAAGACGGUGACGCAGCCUGUAAGGGCCAAAGCCGAGGAGGUCGCAAGAGCGGAGACCCCGGAGCCGACAACGCAGUCAAGUGGCCUGGGCAGUCUGCUUGGCGGAUGGUGGGGUCGGCGGUAG